CAGGCGCCCGGAGCUCGCGUCGCUGCGCCCGCUCCGCCCCGCGCCCUUCGCUGCGCUCGCUUCGCUCGUCGCGUUAGAGUUUGCCUCUCGAUAGAAUUCAAUUUGUCCUCGUCGACAUUACCGUUUUGUGCAGCGAGACAGGUGUGACGUGAAGUGCUCUCGAUACUGUGAUAUGGUGAAUUUUGGGAAAUGUACGAUAGUGUCGUCGAGUGAAUAAUAUAUCGGGCUAGCUGGAGAGCCGGCACCGCUCGAGCCCUCGGUCGCGUGAUGGCGCAUGGAGUGGUCGCGGCGGGCGUGGUGCUGGUGCGCGUGGCUGGCGCUGGCGGCGCUCGCGGCGGCCGGCCCGCGCUACAGCUCGCGCAUCGUGCACACGCAUGCAGGAGCCAUCCGCGGCGUGAUAGUGGAGCCAGCGUCGCGGCGGCUGGAGCCGGUGGAGGCGUUCCUGGGCGUGCCGUACGCGGGCCCGCCGGCGAGGCUGCGCGCGCCGCCGUCUGCGCCCACCUGGCCCGGCACGCGCCUCGCCGACGCCUUCGCGCCCGUCUGCCCGCAGCAGCACCCCGACAUAUCCAACAAGAGCGCAGCGCUGACACGGAUGCCGCUGGGCGUGUACCACGAGCUGGUGGCCGCGGCGCCGCUGCUCGCCAACCAGAGCGAAGACUGCCUCUACCUGAACAUCUACGUGCCCGGUAGCGGCGCGCGCGGCGUGGAGGCGCCGUACGCGGUGGUGGCGUGGCUGGGCGCGGCGGCGCACGAGUGGGGCUCCGGCAACGCGCUGGACGGCGCCGUGCUGGCGGCGCGGGCGCACCUGCUCGUCGUCACCAUCAACUAUAGGCUAGGGUUAUUAGGUUACUUAACAUCGGGCGAGGCGGGCGACGCGGCGUCGGCCGCGGGCGGCGCGGCGCUGCUGGACGUGGCGGCCGCGCUGGCGUGGCUGCGGCGCAACAUCGCGGCCUUCGGCGGGGACCCGCGCCGCGUCACGCUCGCCGGGCACAACGCCGGCGCCAGCCUCGCCAAUACCCUGCUGAUGCAGAACACUGCCAAGGGGCUGGUGUCCCGCGUGCUGCUGCUGAGCGGGUCGGCGCUGUCCCCGGCGGCGCUGGCGCCCGACGCGGCGCUGGCCCGCGAGCACGCGGCGCAGGCGCUGCGCUGCCACAGGGACACGCCCGGGGAGGAGCACUGGUUGGUAGCGUGCGUGCAGUCGCGGCCGCUGUCGGCGCUGCGGGCGCUGCAGGCGCCGCGCGCCCGCUUCCUGGCGGGCUGGGCGCCGGCGCCGCCGCGGCCGCCGCGCGCCGACCCCGCGCCGGCGCGGGCGCUGCACGCCUCCGACGCCUUCCUGGACUGCGCGCUCGCCGUCGUGCUCACCACCACCGAGAGCUACCACUACUUCAGCGAGGAUGACAUACGGCACGGCUUCGAAGAGGAACACCGCAACCGCAUCCUGCGCACGUACGUCCGCAACGUGUAUCGCUACCACCGCAACGAGAUCUUUGCGGCGAUCCGCAACGAGUACACGGACUGGGAGAAGCCCAUCCAGCACCCCAUCAACAUCCGCGACGCCACGCUGGAGGCGCUGUCGGACGCGGCCGGCGCCGCGCCCGCGCUGCGUGUCGCGCAGAUACACGCGCGCCGCGGCGCCAGCACAUACGUCGCGCACUUCGCGCACCAGACCAGAGACGCCGACUAUCCCCAGCGUCUAGGCAGCGUGACAGGCGAGUCGCUGCCGUACUUCCUGGGGCUGCCGCUGGUGGGCGGUGGCGCGGCCGGGGCGCGCAACUACUCGCGCGCGGACGCGGCCGUGGCCGACGCCGCCGUGGGCCUGCUGGCGGCGCUGGCCAAGACCGGCGACCCGGCGCGGCCCGAGCCCGGCCGCCAUGACUCCUGGCCGCGAUACGACCUCAACACGCAGCAGUAUCUUAGUAUAGGCACGAAGCUGCGCGUGAAGAGCCACUACCGCGGGCACAAGCUGGCGCUGUGGCUGCACCUGGUGCCGCAGCUGCACCGCCCCGGCGCCGCGCCGCGCCACCACCAGUUCCGACAGCUCAACCCCGACAUGUUCGCCGGCGAGGUGUUCCCGGAGCUGUACACGACGGCGGCGGUGCUGGGCGAGCCGGACGCGGACGCGGAGGAGGAAGCGGAGGCGGAGGCGGACGCGGGGGCGGAGGAGGACGAGUGCUCACCGUCGCCGCACCCCGCGCCCGCCGCCCCCGCACCUGUGACUCCCACACCCUCAGACGAAGAACUCGCUAGUCUUGACUCACACUACUACAGUUACACGGUGGCGCUGGGCGUGACGGUGGGCGCGGGCUGCUUCCUGCUGGCGCUCAACGUGCUCGUGUUCGCCGGCAUCUACCUGCAGCGCGCGCGCACGCGGCGCCGCCCGCGCAGGCACGGCAGCACAGCCUCGCGCGCCGCGACGCCGGCCGAGUGCGGCGCCGCCUCGCCGCGCAAGAGCACGCUCAAGCGCAGCAGCGAGUCAGAACUAAAGGAGAGGCCGGGCAACGUCGCGCCGCCAAAGAAACGCGUCCAGAUCCAAGAGAUUUCGGUGUAGACGAGUUCUGAGCUGGCGCGGUCGAGUUGGUCAGCGGUGCCGUGACGCGUGUAGUGCGGGGAGAGAUAUAAGUGGUUUAGUUGACGCUCGGGUGCGAAGUGUUGCGAGAUAUACGGCGCGAGUCAUCACGGAGACUGAACUAGCAUAUAGUGGGUGCACUGCGGGGCGCUAUACUGUGUACUAUGGUGCGGUGUAACGUGUGGGCGCGUGGCGCGCGUUACGUCAUCGCGUGUCGCGUGUGGCGUGUCCUGCCGGGACCGCCGUCUGCUCUGACCAAUACGGUACUCGCGUUCUGUUCACUUCUGUUGUACUCAGUCUAUCUACGUUGAUCACUCUCGAAUUUACUAUAGAUAAUGUUGAAUAUCUUUCCGUUCGUAUAUUUACAAGAUGUAAAGUAUUGUGAUAGUGAACAAUUUCACGCGUUACGUUCGGAGUAUACUCCACAUAUUAUAUUGGAAUAAUUGUUUCGACACUCCAGAGAUUUGUUAAUUAAGUUAUAUUAUAAUAUAGAUAGAUCGAUCAUACGAUACUUGAUGUACAUUCUCACGUUUUGAAAUCAAUACUAUUGUAUAGAUUGGAUACUCUGUAUAUAACGGUUUUAGAGGUAAUACUGUAAAUAUUAGCGGUCGUCGUCGAUAUCUGUGACUCCGAUGGUUUUCUCAUCGAUGAAAAGAGGUUUUAAUAAAGACCAUUUUCCUGAA